ACAGAACAUCAACUACUCACAUGUGGCCUAAGAGCGCUGUUGCUGUACCGUGCUAGCAACAAAUGGGUAAAGUGGAACUGGUGUCUCAGCCGAAGCGCCACAUAAAAUAAAUAUAACACAGAUAACUAACACGCUUUUGUACACAAUUAAACCGGAUCUAAUAUGCCUCCAAAGAAGCCCGCAGUCCCGGUCAAUGGGAAUAAAAAAACUCAAGAGAAGAAAAAGGAAAAGAUAAUUGAGGACAAGACAUUUGGCUUGAAGAACAAAAAAGGGGCUAAACAGCAGAAGUACAUCAAGAACGUUACUCAGCAAGUGAAAUAUGGACAACAAAGUGCCAAACAGAUUGCCCAGGCUGAGGCAGAAAAGACCAGUAAAAAGGCAGAUAAGAAAAAGGAGAUGGAUGAACUCAAUGAGCUGUUUAAACCUGUAGUUGCUGCCCAGAAAGUCAGCAAAGGAGUCGACCCAAAGUCAGUGCUGUGUGCAUUCUUCAAGCAGGGCCAGUGUUCGAAAGGGGACAAGUGCAAAUUCAGCCAUGAUUUGUCCAUGGAGAGGAAAUGUGAGAAGAAAAGCGUCUACGUGGAUGAGCGAGAUGAAGACCUGGAGAAAGACACUAUGGAGAAUUGGGAUGAGAAGAAGCUGGAGGAAGUGGUCAACAAAAAACACGGAGAGGCUGAGAAGAAGAAAGCCAAAACGCAAAUUGUGUGCAAGUACUUCUUGGAGGCCAUAGAAAAUAAUAAGUAUGGCUGGUUCUGGGUGUGUCCAGCGGGGGGCGACAGCUGCAUGUACCGACACGCCCUGCCACCAGGCUUUGUACUGAAAAAAGACAAGAAGAAGGAGGAGACAGAGGAAGAGGUCUCGCUGGAGGAACUCAUAGAGAGUGAGCGUGCAGCUCUAGGUGUGAACGUGACUCGGAUUACCCUCGAGACUUUCCUGGAGUGGAAGAAGAGAAAAAGGCAGGAGAAGGUGGAUAAAGCAAGGGAGGAGAUGGAGAAGAAGAAGGCCGACUUUAGGGCCGGAAAAUCGCUAGUGGUAAGCGGCCGUGAGGUGUUUGAGUUCCGCCCAGAGCUGGUUAACGAUGACGACGCUGAAGCCGAUGACACUCAAUACGCAGAUGAAGAAAGCGACGAUGAUGAGGAAGAGAUUGAUACUACAGAGGUCCAGGACAUAGACGUGUCCCGUUUCGUUCCACAAGAGGUCGACAACACAGGCAUUACCGUAGCAUCCAUGGACCGUUUCACCUCUAGGAAUAAGACUCAGCCGACAGAAACAGGAAACGAGGAGCAGCUGAACGGAGCUUGCGGUGGCGCUGAGGCCAACGGGCUUUCGGGUGCAGAGGGAGGAGGAGAGGAUGGAGGAGGGCAAGAUGAAGAUGAAGAAGAAGAGGAAGAGGAGGAGGUACCGGUGGAUGAGAACUUGUUCACAGGGGAAGAUUUGGAAGAGCUGGAUGAAGAACUCAACACACUGGCGCUGGAGGACUGAGAGGGAGCACAAGGUGGAAGUUAGGACGGACUAAGUGACAAAGGGACUGACCAAUGGGUGCAUGGAGCUGAGCAACAGAGAGACUAGAUGAAUGAUUUUAAAUUUCAGAGACUCCAGUAAUAAAGCCUGAUUAUAUCACGACAUCACUGCCUGGCUCUGCCCCCUCUGUUUUCUGUAUGACCCUUUGACCGUCUGUCCCAGCAGGAUCAUUCAGGGUUUAUCAGAGCCGACUCCACAUGCUGCUGGUUAGAAUUUCCAUUAAGAGAAUUUAUCUGUUGGUGUGUACACUCUUUGUUGCCUGACAAACAUAGCAACCCAUGUUCAAACUGAAAUUACUUUAGAUAAAUAAGGCUUUAAGGGUUCUUUAUUUAAUCACAGUUAAAUAGUGAAUAUGGUGAUUUGCAGAAUGAGACAUUACAAACAAAAGCACUGUAAGAAUGCAAUGUGGGACACAGCUUCAGUAACUAAUGUUAUUGAUGGAUGUUUGAGAGAGCUGCUGUAAACUGAAUUCAAAGUGGGAACAGGAAGGAUUCUGUUCUAAGAAACAAUCUGUUCAGAGCUUCAGCUGCUUCCAUACAAAGUCACGGCUGUAGGGUGUCAGCACUUUCACCGCUGUAGUGAAGACAUUUUCUUUCAACAGUUCCAUUAUUUCAUUUAGCUGAAGCUAAAUUUCGUUUGAAAAUGCAUCCUAACUUUGUGAAGUCAAAGUCCAGAUCUAGCUUCUAAAAUACCAGCCCUACUUGAGACCAGGUUAGUGCUAUAAUUAAGCCCCAGCAGGGAGACCAAACAACCCCAUUACCAGCCCAGUGUUGUAUAUAAUGUUCUCAAAUUGCCUUUUCAAGAAAUAAAAUAUUACUAUACACCCACUGUGGUUCUUCUUGGAUGAUGCUGAGUUCUACGUUGUGACUUAGCAACAGACAGUUGGUGAAAUGCUGU